GACCAGCUUUCUCUGUAGGCCGCUAUAAAAAUGAGAAUUUUCUGUCUGAUCCAGAAGCGCCUCCGGAAUGUAAACAUCGGAAUAAAACCUCAGUGAUCUCAGCAUGUCUUUCAAGAAAGAAACACCCCUCGCCAAUGCUGCAUUUUGGGCCUCCAGAAAAGGGAACCUAGCACUUCUUCAGCUACUCCUCAACAGCGGUCGUGUGGACAUUGAUUGCAAAGACAAUUAUGGCACCACGGCUUUAAUGGUGGCCUCCUACAGCGGGCAUUAUGACUGUGCGAGAGAACUCAUCAUGCAAGGGGCAGACAUCAACUUGCAGAGAGAGACAGGAUCCACUGCACUGUUCUUUGCAGCGCAGCAGGGACAUGAUGACAUUGUGAAGCUGCUGUUUGAGUUUGGAGCAUCAACUGAAUCUCAAACUCAGGAUGGUGGCACAGCUCUGUGUGCUUCCUGCCAGCGAGGAUACUCCAAAGUAGUAGAGACGCUGCUUAAGCACGGAGCUAGUGUACACGACGAGCUAAUGGACGGUGCUACUCCUCUGUUCUUAGCCUCCCAGGAAGGUCAUGUGGCUGUUGUUCGUCAGUUGUUGACAUCCGGGGCCAAAGUGAAUCAGCCUCGUGAUGAUGGCACUACCCCCCUGUGGAUAGCAGCUCAAAUGGGACACAGUGAAGUUGUAAAAGUUCUGUUACUACGAGGUGCAGAUCGGGAUGCCGACAGAGAGGACGGCUCCACUGCCCUCUUUAAAGCUGCACACAAAGGACACUGCAGUGUUUUAGAGGAGCUUCUAAAGUUUAGCCCAUCCCUCGGCCUUCUAAAAAACGGUUCCACAGCUCUUCAUGCUGCAGUCAUGGGUGGAAAUGUAAAAACUGUAAAGCUUCUCCUGAGAGCAAAUGCUGACCCUACAUUACGUAACAAGAACAACGAACUGGCAGCAGAUCUCACACAGAACGAGCGCAUCUUGAGGAUUUUGCAGCCACUGAUUGUAAAUGGAGAAAGUUGAUGACUGCUUUUUUUGGUUCUUAGCCCUUUACAGUAUUUUUGUGCCUGGAGAAAAAUGCACUACACCGAGCCGAAAGAGGCAACAAACAACAAACUGAAUGUUUUAAUGCUGCCAUCUGCAUUUGCAUCAUUUUACCUGCACUGUACAAGCCUUCAGUGGGUUUAUUUUGCUUUUAUAGAUAAUAAUGUACCAUUAUAGAGGAAAUACAUGAAGGUACAGUAAAAUUGGUUAAAUACUGUUACUUAGGGUAUCCAAACACUAUUUUAUCUUAUAGUGGGUUGGAGGAGAUCUUUUCUCCGAAUAAAGAAUGACAUUAUGUUGUGUUUGAUAUAAAAGCAGGAAGAACAGCUCUCUGAAUACAGUAUGUGAUGAUUUGAAGCUGUAUGUGUAUUUUGUUUUAAAUAGCUUUGUUCAUCAACUGAAUGCAAUUUAAAGUAUUUUUGCUAAAUGUGUCUUUGUUCUUUUAAAACAGAUUGUGUGAA